AAAAUGCAGCUAUGUUCAUCGGUGGUAUCAUAGCCACCGGAAAAAUGUAAUGGAAGAAUGAGAUUAAAAUCAGGCACAACAAGGAGAUAGGAAGAUUUCGUUCUAGCAACAACGGUGUCCCUCUCAAAUUUCCACGGAACUUGAAAACCAGGCUGGUCGCAUUCAAAUACGACCAGAAGUGGACCAGUGAUACGGACCUGUUUGGAGCAGUAGCCAUCUUUUUGAGAAUGGACGGGGCGAUACGGCGGCCGGCCAGCAUCCUGACUACUAGCGGGCUGGUGGAGGUUGGUGGCCGGGCCUCGAUGCUCCAAACACUGCUCAUUUUCUCGGCUUUCGGGCUGCUCCUUGGACUGCCCGCUGUCACCGAGGCGAAAGAAUGCGACAAACCGUGCGUGAAUGGGCAAUGCAACACGGUAACGGGCAACUGUGUGUGCAGCCCCGGCUGGGUCGGGGACCAAUGCCAACACUGCGGAGGAAGGUUCAGGCUGACGGGUCCCUCAGGGUUCCUGACAGACGGACCAGGGAACUACAAGUACAAGACCAAGUGCACCUGGCUCAUUGAGGGAACGCCCAACAGCAUCCUCAGACUGAGGUUGGACCACUUUGCUACAGAGUGCAGCUGGGACCACCUGUAUGUGUACGAUGGGGACUCUAUCUACACUCCUCUACUGGCUGCCUUCAGUGGGUUGAUAGUUCCUGAGCGCUAUGGCAACGAGACUGUUCCGGAGGUGGUUUCACAGUCUGGUUACGCCCUCCUCCACUUCUUCAGCGACGCUGCUUAUAACCUGACCGGUUUCAACAUCUCAUAUAGUGUGAACACGUGCCCUAACAACUGUUCUGGCCGAGGGGAGUGUCGCGUUGGGAACUCAACAGGUGCUGUAUAUUGUGACUGUGAAUCCAAUUGGAAAGGCGAGGCCUGUGAUAUCCCUUACUGCCUGUCAGACUGUGGUUGGCCUGACAGGGGACACUGCCUUCAGGACACAAAGACAUGUCGAUGCCAGCCUGGGUGGCAAGGUCCAGACUGCUCUCUGUCCGUCCCAGCCAACUCCUCGUUCUGGCAGCGGGAGGAGUACCCCGAGCCGGGUCUGGCCAGGGCUUCCCACAAGGCUGUAGUGGACCAGGGGAUCAUGUGGGUCGUCGGGGGUUACGUCUUCAACUCCUCAGACUACCAGAUGAUUACAGCGUAUAACCUCAGCUCCCAUCGCUGGCUGUCUCUCAACCGCUCUGUCAACUCCGUCAUGGGACGAUACGGACACUCUCUGGCACUACAUGAGGGAAAGAUCUACAUGUACGGAGGAAAGAUAGACUCUACUGGCAACGUGACCAGCCAGCUGUGGGUGUUCCACAUCCAGAACCAGACCUGGGUGUCCCUCUCCGCUGGAGCCCAGGAACAGUGGGCCGUGGUGGGACAUUCUGCUCAUGUAGUGCCCCCCCUGCUGGAGGGAGGUAGUGCAGUCAUGCUGGUCCUCUUUGGACACUGCCCUCUAUAUGGAUACAUCAGCCAGGUACAGCAGUAUGACAUCGCUAGGAACACGUGGCGUGCCGUGGUUACCGAUGGAGCCCUGGUGCAGGGAGGGUACGGCCACAGCAGUGUGUUUGACCCCUCCUCCCGGGCCAUCUACAUCCACGGAGGGUACAAGGCCUUCAGCGCUAACAAGUACGGCCUGUCUGGAGACCUGUACAAGUACGACGUGGACCGCAGCCGAUGGACAGUUCUAAAGGACAGCGGGUUCUUCCGGUACCUCCACACGGCGGUCAUCGUUAGUGGAACCAUGCUGGUGUUUGGAGGGAACACUCACAACGACACGUCCAUGAGCCACGGAGCCAAGUGCUUCUCCUCAGACUUCAUGGCCUAUGACCUUGCAUGUGAUGACUGGUCGGUGCUGUCCAGACCAGACCUCCACCAUGAUGUCAACCGGUUCGGACACACGGCCGUCUACAGUGACAGUGUGAUGUAUGUGUUUGGGGGGUUCAACAGUCUGUUGUUGAGUGAUGUCCUGAUCUACACGCCAGCCAGCUGCUCCAGCGCUCCCAGCGCUGCCGCCUGUAUAGCGGCCUGGCCGGGGGUUCACUGCGUUUGGAAUGCUAACCUGGGCUCCUGCCUGCCCUGGGACUCGAACCCUGGAUUCCUGGAUGAGCAGACCACCCUGGCCUCCUGUGGAACCAGAACAUAUGUUGACAACGAUCGUUGUGACCAGUACACAGACUGCUACAGCUGUACAGCCAAUACUAACGGCUGCCAGUGGUGUGCUGUUCAGUGUGUAUCCGUGAGCUCCAACUGCACGGCCGUCACGGGGGCCAUAGUGGAGUAUGAUGUCUGUCCUAAAGACAACCCAUCAUAUGUCUGCAACAAGAAGACCAGCUGUAAGAGCUGUGGGGUGGACCAGAACUGCCAGUGGGAACCUCGAAACCAGGAGUGCAUCGCUCUACCAGAGAAUAUUUGUGGUGAGAGUUGGCACCUGGUGGGUAACUCGUGUCUGAAGUUCAUCACAGCCAAGGACUCGUACGACAACGCCAAGCUGACCUGUCGGGGUCACAACGCCGUCCUGGCCUCGUUGACCAAUCAGAAAGAGGUGGACUUCGUCCUUAAAGAGCUGCAGAUCAUGAACGUUCUGUACAAGGCCUUGGUGACGCCGUGGGUGGGGCUGAGGAAGAUCAACGUCUCCUAUUGGUGCUGGGAAGACAUGUCACCCUUCACGAACACCUCCCUCCAGUGGUUGCCGGGGGAACCCAGCGACGCCGGUUUCUGUGGUUACCUUGCAGAACCGGCUUCCAGUGGUCUUAAGGCCCAGACCUGCAUCAACCCUGUUAACGGGAGUCUGUGUGAACGAGCAGCCAAUCACAGUGCCAAGCAGUGUCGGACGGCGUGCGCCAUGCGGGCUACGUGUGCUGAGUGUACCAGCAGCAGCUCUGAGUGUAUGUGGUGCAGCAACAUGAGGCAGUGUGUGGACUCUAAUGCAUACGUAGCCUCCUUCCCCUUCGGACAGUGUAUGGAGUGGUACACUAUGAACAGCUGUCCACCUGAGAACUGUUCUGGGUACAGGACGUGUGGCCAGUGUCUGGAGCAGCCUGGCUGUGGCUGGUGUACGGACCCCAGCAAUACAGGGCGUGGCCAGUGCAUUGAGGGAUCCUAUCGGGGGCCAUUCCAGACCGCAGUCCCCGCCCCCUCCACCCUGCCUGGCCCCACCUCUAGUCCCGCCUCCCAGCUGGCUCUCAACAUCAGCAUGUGUCCUUACGAUACCAAGUACAACUGGAGCUUUAUACUCUGUCCAGCGUGCCAGUGUAACGGUCACAGUCAGUGUGUGAAUCACAGUGUAUGUGAGAAGUGUGAGGACCUGACAACAGGGCUCCACUGUGAGAGCUGCAUCUCUGGUUACUAUGGAGACCCCACCAACGGGGGCAGCUGCCAACCGUGUAAGUGUAAUGGCCAUGCCGGUGUGUGUAACACUAACAACGGGAAGUGUUUCUGCACCACCAAGGGCAUCAAAGGAGACCGCUGUCACCUGUGUGAGGUGGAGAACCGUUACCAAGGAAACCCUCUGAAAGGAACCUGUUACUACACCCUGCUGAUAGACUACCAGUUCACCUUCAGUCUGUCUCAGGAGGACGACCGCUACUACACCGCCAUCAACUUUGUAGCAACACCCGAGGAGCAGAAUCGUGAUCUGGUUGUUUUCAUCAACGCCUCCAAGAACUUCAACCUCAACAUCACCUGGGCCGCCAGCUUCACAGCAGGUACUCAGACAGGCGAGGAGAUCCCAAUCAUCUCCAGGAGUAACAUUAAGGAGUUUAAAGACAGUUUCUCCAACGAGAACUUUGACUUCCGCAACAACCCAAACAUCACCUUCUUCGUCUAUGUCAGCAACUUCACCUGGCCCAUCAAGAUACAAAUUGCCUUCUCUCAGCACAGUAACUUCAUGGAUCUGGUGCAGUUCUUCGUCACAUUCUUCAGCUGCUUCCUGUCCCUCCUCCUGGUGGCGGCAGUCGUCUGGAAGAUCAAACAGAGCUGCUGGGCGUCACGGCGACGAGAGCAACUCCUCCGUGAGAUGCAGCAGAUGGCUAGCCGGCCGUUCGCCACCAUCAAUGUUGCCUUGGAAAUGGACGAGGAGCCACCGGACCUAAUUGGUGGAAACGUCAAGACGGUGCCCAAGCCCAUCGCCAUGGAGCCGUGUUUUGGGAACAAGGCUGCUGUCCUCUCCAUCUUCGUCCGUUUACCCAGAGGCACCGGGGGCAUCCCCCCACCCGGUCAGUCUGGUCUAACGGUGGCCUCGGCCCUGGUGGAUGUGUCUCAGCAGAUGUGUCUUGGUUACAAGGAGAAGUCAUGUGGUCUGAGGAACAGGAAGCAACACCCCUCUGCACAGCCCUCCACCUGUAUCUGACCACACCCCCUGCCACAGUCCUGGACCCCACCCUGCUCCACCCUAACCCCUCCCCCUGCCCCAGAGACUACACCCCCGGACUGGAAGGAGGGAUGAAGAGAGAGAGAGGCAGGGGGUUUCCUGGGGGGAGCUGCAUACCUGCUGAGAGGAGGAGGGGAGCGGGAGAGGGAUGUCUGAUGGACAGUCACACCCUGCAGCUUCCCAACGGACACCUGCUGCACCUGGGGAACCACACCUGGCUGACAGACAUGUGGAACUUAGGGGAAAGAAAAAAAGACUUGUAUUAGUCCUCUACCACCUGGUCAGAGUAAAGGAGAAGCUUGAUCGCUGUCUAUUGUCUGAUCAAGUACCAGUCAUUCUACUUGGUAUGCUGUCUGUCUGUCUGUCUGUCUGUCUGUCUGUCUGCUAGACUGUCUGAUCAACUACCAGUCAUUCUACUUGGUAUGCUGUCUGUCUGUCUGUCUGUCUGUCUGUCUGUCUGCUAGACUGUCUGAUCAACAACCAGUCAUUCUACUUGGUAUGCUGUCUGUCUGUCUGUCUGUCUGUCUGCUAGACUGUCUGAUCAACAACCAGUCAUUCUACUUGGUAUGCUGUCUGUCUGUCUGUCUGUCUGUCUGUCUGCUAGACUGUCUGAUCAACAACCAGUCAUUCUACUUGGUAUGCUGUCUGUCUGUCUGUCUGUCUGCUAGACUGUCUGAUCAACAACCAGUCAUUCUACUUGGUAUGCUGUCUGUCUGUCUGUCUGCUAGACUGUCUGAUCAACUACCAGGCAACCUACUUGGUAUGCUGUGUGUCUGUCUGUCUGUCUGUCUGUCUGUCUGUCUGUCUGUCUGUCUGUCUGUCUGUCUGCUAGACUGUCUGAUCAACUACCAGUCAUUCUACUUGGUCUGUCUGUCUGUCUGUCUGUCUGAUUAACUACCAGUCAUUCUACUUGGUAUGCUGUCUGUCUGUCUGAUCAACUACCAGUCAUUCUACUUGGUCUGUCUGUCUGUCUGUCUGUCUGUCUGUCUGUCUGUCUGUCUGUCUGUCUGUCUGUCUGUCUGUCUGUCUGUCUGAUUAACUACCAGUCAUUCUACUUGGUAUGCUGCCUGUCUGUCUGAUCAACUAUCAGUCAUCCUACUUGGUAUGCUGUCUGUCUGCUAAACUACCAGUCAUCCUACUUGGUAUGCCUUCUACUACCAGAUAGCGGUCACAUUUAGUUUGUUUCUACACCUCACCAGUUAUAUCAGUUAGUCCCCAGCCUGAGUGCCAGUCUGUUUGUCUGUCUUGACAAUGACAGCAAUGGAGUUGGCAAGAGCACAAACAGAUGUGUCACUCAGGCUCUGUAUAAUAGCCUGUUGUUUACUUUACUGUAGCAGUAAGCUAGGUGUUGAUAGUAACUGGCUGACUCAUUCAGGGCUAAUGUAACGUUAGUCUAGUAGGGCGUCUAGUAGGGCUAACGCUAGCAGUCUAGCAGGGCUAACGUUAGCAGUCUAGUAGGGCUAAUGCUAGCAGUCUAGCAGGGCUAACGUUAGCAGUCUAGUAGGGCUAAUGCUAGCAGUCUAGCAGGGCUAACGUUAGCAGUCUAGUAGGGCUAAUGCUAGCAGUCUAGCAGGGCUAACGUUAGCAGUCUAGUAGGGCUAAUGCUAGCAGUCUAGCAGGGCUAACAUUAGCAGUCUAGUAGGGCUAACGUUAGCAGUCUAGUAGGGCUAACGUUAGCAGUCUAGUAGGGCUAACGUUAGCAGUCUAGCAGGGCUAACCUUAGCAGUCUAGUAGGGCUAACAUUAGCAGUCUAGUAGGGCUAACGUUAGCAGUCUAGUAGGGUUAACGUUAGCAUUUUUUUCACCUUUAUUUAACCAGGUAGGCCAGUUGAGAACAAGUUCUCAUUUACAACUGCGACCUGGCCAAUAUAAAGCAAAGCAGCCCGACACAAUCAACAACACAGAGUUACACAUGGAAUAAACAAACAUACAGUCAAUAACACAAUAGAAAAGUCUAUAUACAGUGUGUGCAAAUGAGGUAAGAUUAGUGAGGUAAGGCAAUAAAUAGGCCGUAGUGGCGAAGUAAUUACAAUAUAGCAAUUAAACACUGGAAUGGUAGAUGUGCAGAAGAUGAAUGUGGAAGUAAAGAUACUGGGGUGCAGAGGAGAAAAAAAUAUAUAACAAUAUGGGGAUGAGGUAGUUGGAUGGGCUAUUUACAGAUGGGCUGUUUACAGAUGGACUAUGUACAGGUGCAAUGAUCUGUGAGCUGCUCUGACAGCUGAUGCUUAAAGUUAGUGAGGGAGAUAUGAGUCUCCAACUUCAUUGAUUUUUCCAGUCAUUGGCAGCAGAGAACUGGAAGGAAAGGCGGUCAAAGGAGGAAUAGGCUUUGGGGGUGACCAGUGAAAUAUACCUGCUGGAUCGUGUACUACGGGUGGGUGCUGCUAUGGUGACCAGUGAGCUGAGAUAAAGCGGGGCUUUACCUAGCAAAGACUUAUAGAUGACCUGGAGCCAGUGGGUUUGGUGAUGAAUAUGAAGCGAGGGCCAACCAACGAGAGUGUACAGGUCGCAGUCAUGGCUAGUAUAUGGGGCUUUGGUGACAAAACGAAUGGCACUGUGAUAGACUGCAUCCAGUUUGCUGAGUAGAGUGUUAUAGGCUAUUUUGUAAAUGACAUCGCCGAAGUCAAGGAUCAGUAGUAUAGUCAGUUUUACGAGGGUAUGUUUGGCAGCGAGUGAAGGAUGCUUUGUUGCGAAAUAGGAAGCCGAUUCUAGAUUUAAUGUUGGAUAGGAGAUGCUUAAAGUGAGUCUGGAAGGAGAGUUUACAGUCUAACCAGACACCUAAGUAUUUGUAAUUGUCCACAUAUUCUAAGUUAGAACCGUCCCAAGUAGUGAUGCUGGACGGGCAAGCAGGUGUGGGCAGCGAUCGGUUGAAGAGCAUGCAUUUAGUUUUACUUGUAUUUAAGAGCAGUUGGAGGCCACGGAAGGAGAGUUGUAUGGCAUUGAAGCUCGUCUGGAGGUUAGUUAACACAGUGUCCAACGACGGGCCAGAAGUAUACAGAAUGGUGUCGUCUGCAUAGAGGUGGAUCUGAGAAUCACCAGCAGCAAGACCAACAUCAUUGAUGUAUACAGAGAAUAGAGUCGGGCUGAGAAUUGCACCCUGUGGCACCCCCAUAGAGACUGCCAGAGGUCCGGACAACAGGCCCGCCGAUUUCACACACGGAACUCUUUCUGAGAAGUAGUUGGUGAACCAGGUGAGGCAGUCAUUUGAGAUACCAAGGCUGUCGAGUCUGCCGAUAAGAAUAUGGUGAUUGACAGAGUCGAAAGCCUUUGCCAGGUCGAUGAAGACGGCUGCACAGUAUUGUCUUUUAUCGAUGGCGGUUAUGAUAUCGUUUAGGACCUUGAGCGUGGCUGAGGUGCACCCAUGGCCAGCUUGGAAACCAGAUUGCAUAGUGGAGAAAGUACGGUGGGAUUCGAAAUGGUCGGUGAUCUGGUCGGGACAGUUAGCUAGCAACUUUGUAAGUUGAUUUGUAACAAUAAAUUCAUAGUAUUUGCUUGUAAGUUGGCUAAAAAUUCUAUUCAAACCAGUAGUCAUGACGAUUUGGUUUAAUUGUAUACAUUUGAAGUUAUAUUUUGUUGGAGUUUACGUUAUAGGGAAUAGGCUUGAUGGGUCCUCUAUUAUUACAUCACACCCGGAAAAACAUUUUCUGACAUGACUUGGGCAUUGUUGGGAAUUCUGAUGGGUGUUCUGUCUUAACUCCUGUAAUAGAAAAGGGAGGGAUAUUUGCAUUGGGACUUUUGAUGAGUAAACUAGUGUAAAUCAUUACAUGUUACAUUACAUGUGGUUAUGUUUAUGCUAACUACCCUUUAAAUAGUUAGCAUAGUGGUGGUUAGAGUGUUGGGCCAGUAACUGAAAGGUUCCUAGAUCGAAUCCCGAGCUGACAAGAUAAAACAUCUGUUGUUCUGCCCCUGAACAAGGCAGUUAACCCACUGUUCCCCUGAACAAGGCAGUUAACCCACUGUUCCCCGGUAGGCCGUCAUUGUAAAUAAGAAUUUGUUCUUAACUGACUUGCCUAGUUAGAUAAAGGUUAAAAUAAAGGUUAAAUAUAUUUUUAUUUUAAACACUUAAAUGCAGCAACACAUCCAGACAGAGCUGUUGGAGAGAACAGGCAUCAUGGACUAUGUGUCUUACUAGUUUAGAACAGGACCUUAUGGCUGUGCUUUAUUCAAUCCCAGAUCUGUUUAUGUUGUCUUGCCAGCUCCCUGUGGUCAUUGACAUGCCAAACUGAUCUGGGACCAGGCUAGUCCAUGUUUUCUUCCCCUCUUGUGUUUCCUCUGUUGAUGUCCUGACUCACUGACACCCCUGAAUACUCCAGCCUCCUCUGUUAGGCUGGAAAACCCCAGUCAGAUUGUAUAGUUUUAACCGGAGCUACCAACCACAUCCUUGUAGGUUAAAGCCACUGGGCUGUGCUGGUUCAUUCCUGUACAGGCGUUGUUUUCCCAUAUGUUAAUAUUCAAAACACACCUCAAUAACCCCAGCUCUCUGCCUCCCCUCUUAGCCUGUAAGUCCUCAUGGAGCCAGUCAGGCGGUGUAGUUGAUAGUUGUCUCCAUGUCUCUCUCUCCUAACAGAGAUCUCCAUGUCUCUCUCUCCUAACAGAGAUAUCAUGUCUCUCUCUCCUAACAGAGAUAUCAUGUCUCUCUCUCCUAACAGAGAUCUCCAUGUCUCUCUCCUAACAGAGAUAUCAUGUCUCUCUCUCCUAACAGAGAUAUCAUGUCUCUCUCUCCUAACAGAGAUAUCAUGUCUCUCUCUCCUAACAGAGAUAUCAUGUCUCUCUCUCCUAACAGAGAUAUCAUGUCUCUCUCUUAACAGAGAUAUCAUGUCUCUCUCCUAACAGAGAUCUCCAUGUCUCUCUCUCCUAACAGAGAUAUCAUGUCUCUCUCUCCUAACAGAGAUAUCAUGUCUCUCUCUCCUAACAGAGAUCUCCAUGUCUCUCUCUCCUAACAGAGAUAUCAUGUCUCUCUCCUAACAGAGAUAUCAUGUCUCUCUCUCCUAACAGAGAUAUCAUGUCUCUCUCUCCUAACAGAGAUCUCCAUGUCUCUCUCUCCUAACAGAGAUAUCACGUCUCUCUC